AUGUGGACGAAAGCCUUCAUCACAAUUAUAGGCGUUUACAUGGUUUAUACGACCAACCAAUCGGAACUUGGUGACCAGAACCUACCAAUCAUGACGGAUAGAGGGAGACAGGAAACACCGGAAGUGGUGCUCCAGUUGAAAUACGAAGAAGGGGAAUUGAAUAAGAUAUAUCUCACUCAGUUCAGGAAAGAACCGAAAACCCUCACACCGUCAGUGCCCGCUCAGAAUUCGUUGUGUGCGGACCUGUGUUACGGAGGUUUGGGAGGUGAAGUAUGUGGUUCCACCUGUGAGAAGAUGGUUCCAGUUGGUCUCCAGACGGCUUUGAACAACAAGAAUAGUACAGAAGAUGAAUAUGGUCAGCCAAGAGUCGGAGUAUGCCCCGUGCUGUGUAGAAACGGUUUAGGAUCCCCUCUAUGUCACUGUUCAAAUCAUUCUGUCACGCCAACAGAUUGGAAAGCCGUGUGUAAUGUGUUCUGUGAUGUAGACAAAUACGAACUAAGAGGGUGUCCCAAAUGCGAAAAGACCGAUUCACAACGACGACUCCUAAAUACUAGCAUGAUGACCCUAGACACGGCUCAAGGAUGGAGAUUCUGGUGUAACGUACAGUGCAGGCAAGGUCAUGGUGGAGCUGCCUGCAACUGUGACAGAGGACCGUUCCAGUAG